AUGAUAAAGAAAUCCUUCCAGCAUGGUUUUGCUGAAAAAUGGUUGAAAGAUAUCAAAAAAAUAGUUUGGAUAUCGGUACAAAUCACAUUUUCAUUAGUUUAUGGAGCUUUGCUAUUAGUGGGAUUGAUCGGUAAUGGUGGAGUAUUGCUAGCUGUUUCAACAAAUCGAAGGCUUCGAUCGGCUCGAAAUAUAUUCUUGCUUAAUUUGAUUCUAACCGAUAUACUACUCUGUGUAACAGCAAUACCUGUUACCCCUUGGUAUGCGUUAACUAAGGAUUGGCAAUUCGGGCCACUAAUGUGUCGACUCAUGCCACUUUCUAAUUCAUGUUCAGUGUUUGUGACCAGUUGGAGUUUAACGGUGAUCGCUUUGGACAAAUUCAUUCACAUUAUGGAUCCAACACGGGCUCCGAUAAGUAUAAAGCGAGCAGUGCUGAUAACUUUAAUUAUUUGGCUUGUUUGUUCGUUAAUCAAUGUGCCAUAUCUUAUGAGCUAUGAGCUCGUUGAUGGAGCCUAUUAUGUACCUAAAAAUGCUACUCCAUUUUGUGGACAAUUUUGCGAUGAAAUCAAUUGGCAAGGUGAAACACCACGUCGUCUUUAUGGUUCUGCUGUUGUUCUAUUACAGUUUGUUGUUCCGCUGGCUGUUAUUACAUAUUGUUAUAGCAGAAUUUUGGCCAAAGUUGCUAAAGAUAUGAUAAUUCAAAAUGCUCAGUUCAGUAAAAGUCUUACGAGUACUCAACGAAUAGAUGCGGUGAAUCGCAAGAAAAAGGUUGUUGCUUUUUUUGUGAAAUGUACUUGCUUUUCGUUAGCAAAGAUUUCUGGUAAAAUAUUUUAA